GAGGGUAGAUCUGGCCGGGUUAAAACGGUCCAUUGUUAUGUUUAAUUAGUCUACGAUCUAUAGCUGUUACAUUGCCUCAUAGGAUGUAGUGUUCACAUGUUAAUAGCUUUAUUUCACGCAGAAUACUCACGUUUUUUUGCACAAAAAUUAGUUUAUUGGGAUUGUUGUGCUUGUAACGUGUGGGGACGGAAAGUGCGUGUUUACCAACACCCUGCUUAUCAGUGAUUGUUUGGUCAUUAAAAACAUUGCAAUUAUUGGAAGCAGAGUCGGAUCGGCUGAACCACGUGCUGGUCACGUUACCGAUAGUCACGUUGCCUUGGUGCAUGAGGGAGUAGUGGAUCGCGUGCCUACAUUGUAAUGAGUAGCAGUUUCAGUCUAACCCAGCUGCCGGAUUGCCCUGCCUCCCCGCCGCUCAAUGGUCCAUAGUCGCCACGUGACCCGUAACCCUGUUCCCCAUUCGCCAAAUACCAGAGCUGACUCGUGGUCCAAUGAGAGAGCCUGAAGCCUGGGAUAGUAUCGCACGUCCCCCCAUCCCCCUCACUCCAUCCCAUUAUGUACACAAACUCUGAAAAUUUGCCCUUCGUCCUGUCGACAUGAACUACUGUUGUUAGCUUUGUUUACGUUGAACGAGACACUCACCUUGCUUACCAGUACCUGCUAUUCUGCUACUCUCGUUAACAUUUCGUCAUGUUGAAAGUAUCACCACUGGUUGCACCACAGAAAUCAAGAAUGCUGGAUCAAAGCCACCUCUCUUCAUCUUUACAGGGAGCAGCCUCGUUUACUACGAUGAUGCAGAUGCCCUAUCCAGACUACACUAUCCCUCACGUCCCUUCUCCGAGAUAUCAGCCUCCAAUCUCAUCGGAGAGCAGGUUCGUCAGUCCGCCCAGCAGUACUGCAGCUAACGCAGCAGCUCUCAUGACUCAGAUGCCUAGAUUUGUCUAUCUUCGACCUUCCUCCAUCCCUGGAGCUGGUAUGGGAGUGUGGGCUCAGGAACCUAUACCUGCAGGAACUAGAUUCGGUCCGUACACCGGAAAUAAUGUGAACUCUAUCGGCUACGCAUGGAAGCAAAGUCCUCUGUUACUCGGACAAACCCCGUCGACCCCUGCUGACCACUGGAUGGGCUUCGUUAACAGAGCUCGCAACAGAAGAGAACAAAACUUAGUGGCUUUCCAACUCGGAAACCGAAUAUUUUACGAGGUCACGUGCGACAUUCCUCGGGAACGGGAACUCCUAGUUUGGUAUGACAACGAUCUCGCCAAGGCACUAGGAAUCCUUACCCUAGAGGAGAUCUCAGCUGAAGAGGACGGUGCGUAUGUUUGUAAAACCUGUCAGAGAGCGUUCUUCUACCCUUACAGCUUGAUAUGGCACAGAAUGCACCAGUGCUCGGUGCCGGGACAGAAUACUAACUGUGGGGGAGCUAACGAUAUGUUAUGGUGUGAUCAUUGUGGAAAGAUAUUUGCCCUAUCUUUGUCCCUGAGAAUGCACAUCAGAGAGCAUUCUAGCACACCUUCUCCGACCAGUACAAAUCCGAACCAAACAUUCAAGUGUUACCAGUGUAACCAAGUCUUCACUACAAGCAGUGAGAUGAUCACCCACAUGACCACCCACUCUGCUGACAAGAACCUGCGGUGUGACCAGUGUGACAAGAGUUUCACACAUUGCACCCAGCUCACUGCUCACGCUCGCCAGCACAUGGUCCCCAAGAACCAUCGCCGCAUUCAAUGCGAGCUGUGUGCGAAGAAAUUCAGCACCCCCUGGACACUGAAGGAGCACAUGAGGACACACACGGGGGACAAGCCCUUCAAAUGCAAUCACUGCGGCAAAGCUUUCGCUCACCACAGCAACAUGAUCAGACACACAAGGACGCACACCGGGGAAAGACCCUUCAAAUGCGGAUUUUGUGGAAAAGCAUUCUCGGUACACUCAAACCUGACCGCUCACAUUCCGACCCACACUGGCGUGAAGCAGUUCAAGUGUACUAAGUGCGAGAAAUCCUUUGUCCACGCUUCCUCCCUCCACAAGCACAUGAAGACACAUUCCGCUCCCAAACAAGGCACUGCCUUACAUAACAAUUGGAAGGCGGACACUACUCUGACCGGAUGGAAGGAACCCGCCCUGCCCAUGACGUGGCCCAAGACUGAGCUAAACAUGGCUCUGGGACAUGCUUGGAAGACAGAGGAGACCGAGGUAGCAGCCACUUCCUUUUCACUUUUCAGCUCCGCUAGCGCACUGGUAACAAGCACGUGCGAGUCACCUCCGACCUCCUCCCUGGCCCACAUCCAGUCCCUGUCCCACCCCAUGUCUCACGCCAUGAUACCCCAAAUACAGAACGUCACCACCUCCCAGCUGCAGUCCUCGCAGCUCGACUGGAAGACCGGAGCUCUUGCUCUCAACAACUCCAUCAGGUAGUCCUGCACACUUAGGGAGAUCCUAAGCGAGUGCUGCACUCGCUCUAACCGAUGUAGUGUGCUAUACCUCUAGAGAUCGUAGUGAAGCAAGAAAAGAAGGUGCAGGACCUUAUUCCUUGAUAGCCAUCGUCCAGCUUAUAAUGUGUUACAGAAGAACUUUUUAGUGAGUUGAAGUUAUUAUUAAGUUAUUAAUUGCUAUUUCGAUGGAUGACUUAUUUUAUUUAAAGGACGUGUGUUUUCUGUUAUAGAGUAGAAAUUUAGGCUGCACGUGUACGUUAGGAGCCACCUAAAGACAACUAUAUAUUGACAUUGAAUGUGAUGAGGACCGAUUUGAGGCAAAACCUCAACUGGAUGAUGUAAUGUUGCUCUUGGGAGCAACAAAUCCAACUUGUAUUUUAUAAAUAAGUUUGUUCUUGCUCAUCGAGCUGAUAUAUAUUUAAGCUUUAAUAUAUUACAAUUUUAUUGGAAGGUGUAUAUGUUGAUAGCUUACGUACAGAGCUAUCUUUUUCUGUCGAGAUUCAAUAUAGAAAAUUUCACGAAUAAAGUGAAACAAAUCAAACCUGUUUACUUUCAAUCUUUGUUGAAUACAACGUAAUGAAAAGUAAUCAUUAUGCUAGAAAAAUUAGAGAAUAUUAAGUUUUUAACCUUAUCUUACUCAUAAAACACCCGUGUGAAGUUUAGUUGAAUGUUCGGAAAAGUUGUUUGACCGUUCCAAUUUUACAUGACUUGCCAACGAAGAACUUUUGACUUGAAGAAUUUGGCAUUAUAGAAUUGUGUCUAGAAUUGAAAACUAAAGUUUUAACUUCAAGUGUUGUUGCUUAAAGUUUUGAACAGUGACAUAUGAUAGAUUCUAGUGUUACAUUAAAGAAACUAUAAGCUUUAGUGUUAAGUUGAAUUGUACUUUGUAUUUUAUCAUUGUACUACGUACGUAUAAUAUUUUUAGUCAAUGAAAAA